AUGGUAUUCUAGAUGGAGAGUCUGAAGCAUGUGCAGCUGAUGAGGAAACUGAUGGACCUCCACAAGACCCACCAGAAUGGCUGUAUGAUGAUGAAAUCAUGAGACGUGUUCCUGAAACCCUACAUUUUUAUGAAGAACUUGUUAGAGAUAUUGAAAUCCUACUCAUGCCAGCCACUACAAGUGAAGAAGACUCAGUUGUUUAUUAUCUAAAGCAUUCAUCUGAAGAACUCAUUGAAACAUACAUUGAUGGUCUGAGGAUAUACAUAGGGAAUUAUGGAAAAAGCAAAGUUAUUGUUGUGAUGACCGCACCAGACAAGAGCAGGCAGGGUCCAAUUCAUGCUGGUGUCAUCACCUCAAAAAUGUUAGAAAAGUUUCCUAGCAUCAAAUAUGUUGUUGCUGUUGGUGUCUGUUUUGGAAUGGAUCCAGGAAAGCAGAAAUUAGGCGAAGUCAUCAUUUCGGGCACGAUCUGUGAUUUCACAAAUAAACGCGAAGGAGUGGGUGAAAAUGAGUAUCAGAGAGGCCCUCAACACCAAGUAAAGCCAGCUAUUACACACAAGUUCCGACCUCCUCAUGGUUUUAAAAUGCCACACAAUAUUAAAGUCUCUACUGGUGUCCUUAUAUCUACAGGCAGUCUGAUCGAUAAUCCUGAUGUUAAACAGGAAUUGCUUGCCCAAAAACCUGAUGCUAUAGCAGGAGAAAUGGAAGGAGCUGGAAUAAUGACUGCGAUUGAUUAUGCUCCUGACCGUGUUGUUAGCGCUAUUGUCAUCAAGGGGAUUGGUGACUGGGGUGAUGGUGACAAAGAAGCCACUAAAAAAUGGAAGCCAUUUGCAGCCCGUGCUGCUGCCCAUUAUGUACAUGCUGCACUAAAUGACUGGGAACAACUACAAUAAGUAACUGACUGAACUUAGACUAGUUCUAGUAAUUAUAAUAUUGAUAAUCCAGAUAAGUAAACAAAUCUUUGUUUGAACAAAACUAGUAGCUGAAAGUAAAUUAUA